UUAGUCGAGUCAAUAGCAGCGAACGUAGCAGAAAUGUACUGGAUGUUGGUCACUCUACUGACAAACAACAUUGUACAAAAUGGCGCCGACAAAAUCUUCGAUUGCCCAGAUAGCUGGGUGUCCCAUGGCAGAUCUUGUUACCAGUUCAACUUUUUCCAGAAAAUGUUUUUUGAGGAUGCUGAAAUGACAUGCCAGGCGGACGGAGCACAACUGGUCAGUAUCAAUGGGAGAGAAGAACAUCAGUUCGUGAUGAAUUGGUUAAGAUCAGGCGACCCCUUAAGAUAUUCCUGGUUUACAAGUGGCCUUCUUAAUGUUGCCGAAGAUUCCACGAUCACUUGGAAAGACGGAACCAACUUUACCGGUGUUUCCUCAGAUUGGUGGAAAGAAGACACUGCAGACAGAACCAAUCACCUUAUCUAUUCCUAUAAUGAUGAUACUUAUAAAUGGAGCCUCGCAGAAACAUCUUUAGAGGCAGCUUAUAUUUGUGAAAUCGAUCGUUCAGAGGCUUUUCGAAUCAUGGUGGAAUCACGUGGGAUUGACUAUGGAACAAACUACAGUAAUCCGAAUGAUAUUCCGAGAGGACCAGAGAUUAUUAAAGAACCAGAAGACUUGGUGAUCGUAACGGGAGAAAGCUUCGCUUUUAUUGAAUGCAUUGCCACGGGUAACCCGAAACCAACCUACAAAUGGUAUCGUGAGGUGUUUACAAGAGAAGAGGUUUCGUGGAAAAUCGACACACGCUAUACAACAACCAACGGUCGACUCACCAUCUCUAAACCAGUCGAUGAAUUAGAUGCAGGGGCCUACCAGUGUGAGGCAAGCAACAAGUUUGGAUCGGUCUUAAGUAGAGUUGUACAGGUCUCUUUCGGAGUGCUUAGUGAAUUUCCCUCAGAUGAUAUCAUACCGCAAAAUGUCCGGGCCGAGACGGGAGCGGUAUUCCAGUGCCCACAAUUACACUAUAAACCUGAAGUAGUUUACAGAUGGUAUAAAGACGAACCGUGGAACUUCGUCUCGUCCAAGAGAUUUCCAAACACGUUCCUGUCCAGAAACGGGAAACUUUAUUUCUCCGAGCUAACUUCUGCCGAUACCGGUUUGUAUUAUUGUCUGGCUAGUCUUGCACCCGAUCUUCAUUCAAGACUAAGUUCUGACAGUGGGACGGUUAUGGUCAGCAUGCCGACUCCUGUUGUUGUCAAAGACAAUGCUGCUGCCAUGAGAAAUCCCGUCAUUCACAAUGACUUCAUUGCUAUCUUCCCCUCAUCGGUUCUGCUAGGUGAAACCAUUUCUAUGGAAUGUAUGGCGUUUGGAAGCGAACCCCUCAAAUAUCACUGGACCCGAGAGAACAAAGGUAUGCCUGACCGAACUAGUUUCUAUAGCAACAACAGAGAACUUCGUAUAGCAGACGUGAAGCUUGGUGACAGUGGUCUCUAUACGUGUCACGUGAGAAGUGGAUACACGUGGAUGUCUACGAGAAAAUCUGCUUACCUGAAGAUAGAAGCUAAACCUACGACAGUCUAUCCACUGAAAAGUCGACACAUAGACAAAGGAGGUAAUGUAACAUGGCGAUGUAUGGUGAUAGCCAUACCUAAAGCACACUUUACCUGGUACAAGAACUCGAAACCAUUGACCAAUGGCAACGGUGUAGAAAUAAACGGCAAUACACUGACGAUAAAAAAUUUAUCAGCGAAACUCCAUAACGGCAUAUACCAGUGUGUAGCUACCAAUAAGCACGGCAGUAGCUACAGUGCGGCACAGCUUCGGGUUCUUGAAUUUAAACCAACUUUCUUCAAGAACCCGGUCACUCCCAUUCAGACUGUGUGCCGUGGAACAAAUGCGACUAUUAUGUGCCGACCGGAAGCUGCACCGUAUCCAAACUUUACCUGGACAAAGAACGGCCGGGAGAUUACUGACAUUGAAAACGAGGCUACUAUACUUCCCAACGGCAAUCUGAUAUUAUACAAUAUCCGAGACGAUGAUGCUGGUACCUAUACAUGCGCUGCAACCAACACAUUAGGGACAGCAUUAAGUUCCGGAAAUCUGACAGUUGUUGGACGCAGUGUCAUUCCUAUCGGUCCAAGAACCAGUGAAGUUCUGUUAAAUGAAACAGCAUUCUUGUAUUGCCAAGGAUCUGUGGUUCCGUUCAUGGACCAUGUUUACAAGUGGCUCUUUAAUAAUCAACCAAUUGCAGUUGACAAAGAUCCCCAUUAUUCUAUGGCCACCGCUACUAGAGACCAACGUUCUGGAUUAUACAUCAGAUCUGCACAGUUUAAACACAGUGGAAAAUAUACUUGUAUUCUUGAGACUCCAGUUGACUCUGUUCAGUCUUCAGCAAUGCUUAAUGUCAAAGGACCUCCAGGCCCCGUUGCAGGCGUGUAUGCGCAACAGCUACCUGGGAUAGAAAGAGGAUUCCAAGUAAUAUGGACUGAUGGCGACUCUCAUAUGGCACCUAUACAGUUCUUUACCAUUUUAGCGGCCAAUAAUUACAACCGGAAUUACGUUCCUAUUGUCGAAAAUAUACCCUAUCAAAACACGCUGCUCUCAACCAAAUACCCGCGCUCCUUUAUAGUUGAAAAGCUGUACCCAGGCCUACAGUAUUCGUUUAAAGUUCAAGCAACCAAUUUUUUUGGCAGAGGCCCAGUGAGUUUACCAUCAGUUUAUUACUCUGUACGUGAAGAUUCUCCUGACAAGGCUCCUGAUGAGGUCGGUGGUGGAGGAGGAUCAGUCGGGACUCUGAAGAUAACGUGGACAAAACUUGAGCCUAAAGACCAAGGAGGAACUGGCAUUGGCUACAUUGUAUAUUGGAGGGAAAAGUUCGAUUUUCCGUGGUUAUUUAAAAAACUCGAAGGCAACAUGAAUGAAUUUUCCGUCUAUGUCGGCCGCAGUAAAUAUUACACCAAAUACGAGAUUCAAGUUCAGGCAUUCAAUAAUAUCGGUCCAGGGCCAAACUCUUCGAUUGUGACUAUUUAUUCAGCAGAAGAUUGUGAGUAUUGCGAGUUGAAUGAGACGUCGUCUUGACCGAGCCUGUUUGUAUGUGUA